UCAAACGCUGCCUUCUUAAGAUAUUUAUGAAAACAGGAAGCCAGGAAAAGAGAGACCUCCUUAGUGUCUGCGUUCCGUGCUGGAGAGGCCACCAGGCGAAUGCAGCCGUAUUAGACACUGGAGUAGUAAAAAUGAUGCAAAAUGUACAUCUGGCUCCUGAGAACGAUGAAGAUGAUCUCUAUUCUGGCUACAAUGAUUAUAAUCCCAUAUUUGAUACAGAGGAUUUAGAAAAUGAUACAGCUUUUCAACAGGCAGCAAGAACAAGUCAUGGAAGAAGACCCCCUGUGACAGCCAAAAUUCCUGGCUCAGCAAGUUCAAGACCUUUAGCUACUGGAUUUGGGCCAAAGGCAACUUUACCUUCGUCUAUGGGAAGACCAAUGACAGGAGGUAUACAGGAUGGGGUUUCUCGACCAAUGACAGCAGUGCAAGCUGCAGGUUAUACUAAGACAGCUAUGAGAGGUUCUUCAUUUGAUCCUCUUGGCCAAACAAGAGGACCUGUUUCACCUCUGGAAAAGAAAAAUUCAGACAGUCCAGAAGAGAAGUUGAAGCAGUUGGAAAAAAAAGUGAAUGAACUGGUUGAAGAAAGCUGUGUUGCCAACAGCUGUGGAGACUUGAAAUUGGCUCUGGAAAAAGCAAAAGAGGCUGGAAGACAGGAAAGAGAAUUGUUGAGACAACGUGAACAAAUUACUCCUCCAGAAAAUAUCAACUUAGACCUCACUUACUCAGUUCUUCUCAAUCUGGCCUGUCAGUAUGCUGCUAAUGAAAUGUAUGCUGAAGCACUGACUACGUACCAAGUUAUAGUGAAGAAUAAGAUGUUCACUAAUGGAGGUAUACUGAAGGUAAAUAUGGGAAAUAUAUAUUUAAAACAACGGAACUAUUCCAAAGCUAUCAAAUUCUACCGCAUGGCUCUAGACCAGAUUACUAGUGCCCACAAAGAGAUGAGGAUGAAAAUAAUGGAAAAUAUUGGAGUUGCAUUUAUUAAAACUGGCCAAUUCAUUGAUGCCGUUUCUUCAUUUGAAGACAUAAUGAGCAUAUCCCCAAACCUGAAGGCAGGCUUCAACUUGAUCCUAUGUUAUUUUGCUAUUGGAGAUGGUGAGCAAAUGAAGAAAGCCUUCAAAAAACUUAUUGCAGUUCCCUUGGAAGUAGAUUUUGAUGACAAAUACAUUUCAUUAAAUGAUGAUCUACAUACAAAUCUACUGCUUGAAGCCAUUAAAAAUGACAGUAUAAGUCAAAUGGAACGUGAGAGGAAAUCCAUGGCAGAGGAAUACAUCAUGACAGCUGCUAAACUCAUUGCACCAGUAAUUGAGACAUCUUUUGCAGUAGGCUAUGAUUGGUGUGUUGAUGCAGUAAAAGCUUCCCACUAUGUGGAGUUAGCCAAUGACCUGGAAAUAAAUAAAGCCACUACUUACUUGAGGCAGCAGAAUUUUAACCAGGCAUUGGAGACUUUGAAAAUGUUUGAAAAAAAGGAGAGCAGAGUAAAGAGUGCAGCUGCAACAAACCUUUCAUUCCUUUAUUAUUUGGGGAAUGAAUUGGCACAAGCAACUAACUAUGCAGAUUUAGCUAUAAAUUCUGAUAGGUACAAUCCAGCAGCUCUAACUAACAAAGGAAAUACUGUUUUUGCAAAUGGAGACUAUGAAAAAGCAGCUGAAUUUUAUAAGGAAGCUCUCAGGAACGAUUCCUUAUGCACUGAAGCACUUUAUAACCUUGGUUUAGCAUACAAGAAGUUAAACAGGAUGGAUGAAGCUUUGGAUUUUUUGCUGAAACUCCAUGCAAUCCUUCCAAAUAGUGCCCAAGUCCUUUACCAGAUAGCAAGCAUAUAUGAGAUCAUGGAAGAUCCCAAUCAAGCCAUAGAGUGGCUCCUGCAGUUGAUCAGUGUAGUACCAACUGAUCCACAUGUACUUUCAAAGCUAGGGAAAUUAUAUGAUAAUGAAGGUGAUAAAUCCCAAGCUUUUCAUUAUUACUAUGAGUCAUACCGGUAUUUCCCUUCAAACAUUGAGGUCAUUGAAUGGCUUGGAGCAUAUUGCAUUGACACCCAGUUUUGUGAAAAAGCCAUUGAGUACUUUGAAAGAGCAGCACUUAUCCUGCCGACACAAGUGAAGUGGCAGCUGAUGGUUGCAAGUUGCUAUAGGAGAAGCGGUAACUACCAGAAAGCUCUGGAGAAGUACAAAGUCAUUCACAGAAAAUUCCCAGAGAAUGUUGAAUGCCUUCGAUUUUUAGUUCGUCUCUGCACAGAUAUGGGGCUGAAAGAAGUCCAGGAAUAUGUAACAAAGCUCAAGAAAGUGGAAAAAUUAAAAGAAAUAAGAGAGCAGCGCAUUAAGUCUGGCAGAGAUGGCAGUGCACGUAACCGCAGAGAAGGAGGUGGUGAUUGUCACUGGAUAUAUUAUGUCAAGGAUAUGAAAGAAUGGAAAAAACCAGUUUGGGAACAAGUCUGUAUAAGAGCACAUUUGAGAAGUCUUCGUUACACGAAUUCAGUGCCAAAGAUCCAGCCUCUCUGGAAAUGACUCGGCAAACAAGCAGAGGUACAAAGAAGGUCCUGUAUCGAGCCUGGAGUUAACUUGUCUGCUGGGAUUCUUAAUUAAAAGUUGUGGUGAGAUACUUACAUGUAUUUUUAGCACAAGUUAAAGGCGUUACGCACGUUCUAACUGGUAAUGUUGACUCUGGGGAGCCUUAUCAGUGAAGAAACUGCACACUCACAGCAUCAGAUGUUAAGGACUAUGUUGUAGUUUGUCUGCCUUUUACUAAGGAUUACUAAGUAAUUUUGUCCAAUGUUUGGCAUUAUUCAGCUGGGUUAUGAGCUGUAUUUUUGGAGUUUAAUAGAUUUUCGUACGUGGCCUGUGUCAAGACACAUAUGAAAUAUAAACAUGGGUUAUUUUAUUUCAUAAUCUUAGUAUGCUUUUGAUAAAUGACUUCAAAAGAAGAAUUAAAAAAAAAAAUUGUAUACAUUUUAAGAUUAGUCUUUUCCAGUGGUGUUACCAAGACCAAAAGGGAUCAUUUUUCUGCAGUGUAUGAGGGAUUUGCCAUCAUUAUGGAACCCAGUGAAGCAUGCAAUCCUCCUUAGCUUAGUACUUACUAGCUAAAUUAACAUACUUACUAGCUAAAUGAAGUGUGUAUGCAUUCCAGAUAUUUUAGGUAUGAUGCCUGUUUUAUUUCUUUCCUCUUACCAGCUCACUGUCCCCAUACUUGCUGGCAUUCCUAACAGAUUUUUUUUUCCCCCCAAGUAUUUUGUCCCUAUAUAGUUAUUUAUAUUAUGAGUAUUAAUAAUUCAGACUUCCUUGGUCUAGGAAAUAUGAUCUCCAAUUGCUUUUAAAGAGGAAGCUAAGUGGAAAGAGAACUAAGCUAGCAGGGUUUGUACUUCAAAGGGCAUCCACUACUUUGCCAAUAUAAAUUAAACAGAAGGUGUAUGAGAUGCACCAAAGCACAAUUUGAACAACAGGAUUAGUGUAUGUACGAAUGGUAAACAGAAUGGUAGCGGGGAGCCCAAGAAAACUGACAUCUAUAUCAACAUCAGUUAAAGUUUGCUCUUGUCGUGUAAGGAAGAUGUGCAUUAAAUCUAAAACCCCUACCUAAAACUGAACGCAUUUGUCACUCUUUAUUAUAAAAAGUGAAAUUUUCUUCUCCCCACAACUAUCAGAUUUAUGAUUUUCAAUCUUACUUGAUUUAUGUUGGAAGGAGAUGACAUUGAUAUGGUCCUGUUAAAAUUAUUGUUUUUACUAUAUGAAAGGAGAAAGAAAAAGAAAAAAACCAGAAACAAAGCACCACAUAACCCUGAAGGAAGCUAAGAGUUUAGGCAGUUCUCAAAGAUUUCCUUUCCAACAAUAUUUUCUUGUUUUCAUGCUCAUUUUUUGUGUUUUGCAGAUGGUAACAUCCAGAAUUUAGAAGUUAGGGCGCUAUGGUUUUCACGACCAUAAGAGAUUUUUAUUGUUUAAUAGCAUCGUGCCUUUAGAUAAUGUAAAGUAUGACUUUAAGGAGUACAUUGCCAUAGCAGUGUUUACUUGGUCUCUGCAUUUGCCCAGCUCUCUGAAUGGAUGGUUUUGUACUGGAUGAGAGGAGCCAUGGAGUCUCGGACAGGAGCCCAAAGAAGCAGUGUUGAAUUCAGAAGAUGAAAGGCUGAGCACUUUGCAUUCUCCUUGUUACCUAAGCCUGUCCAGAUGAAUUUGGAAAGGAAACCAUGUGAGAGUAAUUUAGGUGUCUUUUCCCUUUUUCAUUUCACUGGUGAUGGUGUCAGUGGAGAAAUGGGUUUGUCCAUCCCGUAUUCAAACACCCCUUACCAUCCCAUAGGGUUUUCCUCAUAUAUUAUGGAAGCACAUUAUAGAUGUUAUGGCUGUAGGCAUUCCAGAUAAUCUUGACUGAGAGGCAAGAGAUUUUCUUGGUACCUGCAGCCAGGACCUCAUGAUCGCUUAUAUUUUCUAGGCUUCGUGUGCCUGCUGAUGCCUCUUUAAUUAAAAGUCAUUGUGGGAUGGUUCCAUUGGUUGCAUGUGCAAAAUAGAAAAAACGUUUUCUUAAUAGUGAAGAGAAUAUCUUUAAGUUUACUGCUAUGAACUCACCUAAGGAGUUAGCUGAACUGACACAUCAAAUCAAAAUGACCUGCAGUGGAGUUAAAAAUUGCAUCACUUCCCAUGCCAUUUCACAGUUUUAAUAUAAUAUUCUGCCUUCUACACUAAACUUCACUUUGGUCAAACCAAUGCCCAUUCUUCUCCAAAGAUAGUGUCUGCAUUCUAAAUAAGAAGGAUACACAAAGCUGCAUUAAAAGGCAUUCUGGAUUCAGUGGAGCAUUAACCCACUGUGCGCUUUGUUACAUAAACAUCUUUCAGAGGAGGUGGGUUACCAAACAACCGUACUCUUUAUCUUUUCCCGAUGAGUAAAACAGUACUAAAAAUUCUAAUUUACAUCCUUUGUGAUACUGGAGGAAUAUCGAGUGCAGUAGUCUCAUCACUGUAAUUGCAACUAGUGAGAUUCCUUUAAAAAAUAAGUACAAAUACUGUGGAUUUUAUGGGUUGGAGUAUAGACAGGUAUUAUGUGACACAGGAAGUAUAGAAACACAUAAAAAGAUUUAGAAUCUUUUUUGCUAGAUAUCAGUUCUUAAAAUAGGAUUAUUACAGAAUAGGAUUACUCUUGAACUAUGUUGCUUUAUUUAUUUUUCUGCCAUAUAAAAACUAACCAUCUUUUAAAACUAAGUUUUAUGCUUUGAUUCUUUUUUUUUCCCCUCCAAAUUCUCUGUGGAGGAAUUAAUUUAAAUUAGUUUUUGUAAGAUGUUGAACAAAUCUAAAUGAAUGGAACAUAUUGUAAUAGAAUAAGUUAAAUAUCCUAAAUAUAGUAUUAUGGCCAUGACUUCUAAACAGAUGAGAGGAAAGAAUGCACUGUAAAAGAUAUCAGCGUGCAGAGUGUAUUAUUUAUGUCUUUGUAUGCAUAGUCCCCAGUUAAGGCUGCUGAGGGGAAGAUCAUGUCAGCAUGAUAAUCCAAGUCUCAAGUAUAACUGUUUUACAGCGUAAAUGUAUUUAUAAAUCAGAUUUUAAAAAUAUAUUGACCAACUCUGCCUAAUCAGUUACUGUUGCUUUUUCAACUGAAACCUGGAGCCACGUUCCUGCAGUCAGUUUAUGUGUGUGUGUCCACAUUUUCACCCCAAAGUGAAUACACAGGUACUGGCCUCCACAUGAACUAUAAUAAUAACAUAAUUAAUAAAAGCACAAAAAGUUAAUAGGGAACAGGUAUUUACUGUAGUAAAUUACUCCUUUUAUACAGAGAACGUUUUAGUUCAGCAGUGUUUUUCCAUUAUUCAGAAGCUGUUUUUAUUUAGGAGCAUGUGUUUGUACAGUUAAUACGGUAGUGCAGAUAGAAUUAAAUUGCAGUUUGAGAAAUGUGUAGCUGUAGUCCUUUGAUUGCAAGUGCAAUCAGAAAGACAUUAACACUCAAAGCUGUGUUAUUAGUAGAGAAGAACUACAAAUAAAGCUUUUUAUCCAGAGUUUUUAUUAUUAUCCUUUGACCCAAUGUUAACUUUAUUUUCUUCUGUGUAUUACUGUGGUGAAAGCUAGUUUCAUUCCCUAAUCCAAAAGCUGAAAUGCGUAUAAAAUCUUUUUCCUGGAUAGAGUGAGGGCAACAGGGAAUGGUGAGUAGAAUCUGUAAAACUCACGUCCCAGAAGUAUCCAUGUCUGUGAUAAAAUGCUUUAAAAACAAUUUCUUCCCUGAAUUUCUCUUCACUGUAGGAUACCAAAAUCCUGAAGUCUGCAUUGCAAGCUUGUAUUCCUUAACAUUGCCAAAUUAUGUGUGAAUGUAUACUGGAUAAAAACAUGUAGAUGAUUUAUCUGCAAACAGAACUAGAAAAAAUAACUUCAAAAUGAGAUUUAAACUCCCAGCAGACCAUGUUAAAUGGUCAACAGAAUUCUUAAUAGCUGCCAUAUUGGCAGGCAAAUCCUGUAUCCCAUGGCAGAGUGUCAAGAAAAGCUUACCCCAAUUGGCUCAACAUCUAGGACAUUCCUCCUGAAAGCUGGAACUCUGGGUUUGAACUCCCUCAGGUGAAGGAAGGCACUGAAGCCAGACCUCUCUCUUCCUGAGCUGCUGUCUGACAUCUCCGUGUGAUGCAGAUGUUGUCAAGCAUCUCUUACUUUCAAAGGAAAGAUGCUCCUCUUCCACGUCUUUAGGUAUGGUCAGAGCAUAUUGCAGUCCAUGGAGACUAUUAGCUUAAUUUAAACUAACUGUGGGCUGCUACCAGAAGAGGUGUUAACCUUGCCUUCACUCUUGCUGGAGAUAUAAUGCUCAUCUAGACAUAAGGUGAGCUGCAUUACUUUGCUGAUCCACCUGGAAAAGAGUUUUCAUUAGGUUACUUUUAAAUGUAUCAGGAAAAUGCUCCAAUGGAGCCUGCUACCAGUGGACAGCGUAUGGAAGGGGUUAUGACGACACAGGGCUGGAAGGCCAGGCUGGAAGGCCAGGAUGCUCCUUCCUGUGGUGAGGUGGGGCUAGAGUGGUAGAUUCAGAGGAAACAAAAGGUGGAACUCCUUACCUCAGGUUCUUACACAUGCAAAAAUUUCACAGGGUCGCAAGAGAAGAAUGAACAAGUUCUUGAAGAAUAAAUCAAUCAAUCCCAUUAUUAACACGAAGAGCCGCCCCGUUUCCCCAAAUGCACAUUUGAUUUACAAAUUGUUGGAGGCUAGGAAAUUAUUCUUGGAGAGCUACUGUAUAUGCUUGCUCUACUUAAGACGCUCUUCCCUCAGCAUCUUGUGAUCUUUUGUAUGGACAGUAAGCCAAUUUAGAUAGACCUUUAAUCUAGUAAGGCAUCCGUAUGUUCUUACUGCUGAAGUGUUAAGAGGACACUGUGCCCAUAGACACCUACUCAUAGUUUUUUCCAGGGUGUGUUUAGUCAAGGUGGGAUGUAUUGAUCAAAUAGCUUGCAGCUUCUGGAAGGAACAGCCCACCCCCUCUCAGCAAUUCUUUUUUUUCCGUUCCUUUUCUUGUGUUCUUGCUGCUUUCCUUGCACUACUUCUAGCGUUAAUCUAGCCCUUUGGUGAGUUGGUCCAGUCCAUUUAAAACAGUAAAUAAUGUGUUUGGGCAACUGGAUCAAGUCUGAAGCUUGAAAAGCUCUAGUUGUGUGAAGAGCUACAUUUACUCACUGUUACAGCACUGCACAAUUCCGUUUACUGUGUUGGCUCGUAAACAGAAAGGGGAGCUUAGGCUCCCGGGUCACAGGCUGAACAACCCACAGGCAUGGCCAUUUGGGGCAACUCAAUCAUAGCAAUAUGUGCUUAAGGAACUUCAGAGCUAUGGAAGGGGGAGCAGGGUUGGACAUCCAGUAGGUGGGGAGAGCAAAGGAGAGGGAAAUUGGCUUCAAAUUUUGAACUUACUGCAUAAUUCCCUGCUUGGAUGUAGCCCUAAUAAAACUUAAGGGUCCUAGGAUGUCCAAGAAAGCCUCUGUUUUCAAUGGUAUAUUUUUAGGUAAUGAGAUGUCCAGGUAACUUGUGGGUAUUAUGUUUAUCCCAGACAGUUUGGUUUGUUUACCAUCCUACUUUUCCUUCUUUUAGUUAAUAUAAAGUCUUUCACCUUCCUCUGGUAGUAUCACUAAACCCCAUGUGUUUUCCUCUUUCACAGUCAAAAACCUUUGAUAUGCCAUCUUCUUCUUUUUUUUUUUUUUUCAUUAUACCUAGUUCUUCCAUUCUGGAACCAAUCAGUUAAACCUGUGGAGUUUCUUUGACUAGCUCAGUCUUCCCCUAGAUUGGUUUCUGCUGUGUUGUUCCUGUCUUUGCAACUCUUUACUGCUUCUUCCAGUUUUAUUCAUUGUCUUGUAAAUUAUUUCUUUUCCAUUGCACAAGACUCUGUGCCUACAUCUAUCCUACUCUUUUUCUCCUUGUUAUAAUUUUGUAUUUUCUUCUAAAUUGUCCUCAAAACAUUUUCAUCCACACCAUCUUUGUUGCACAGGCCUGUCCAGAGCUCACUGAACUCAAGGGCUGUCCCUUUUUGUAGUUUCACAGCCCUUUGGUUGAGCCCCCCAGUCCAACCCAGUGAUUUCUCUCCAUUUCUUCAAAUCCUUUGUUAAGUAUUCACUUCUUUCAUGAAGACUGUCAGUGAGACUUGGUCUGAGGGAGGUGGAUUUACAUUAAAAUACAUUUUCCUUGUUUUGAAAUUUCAUCUGUAAUCUGUGUCUUGUGAACUUAUUAAGUGUUUGACAUGUGAUUGUAUGCAGCGUAUCUUUCUUGGAGCAGAGACAUUGUUCUUCCAGUUUAGGGCUGAGCAAACGGAAGUCUGCAAUUGUAUUUAUAGAAAAAUUAAAGUCUGUCAUCUUUGUAGAAGUUUGGUUUUUUGUUUUUUUUUUUUCCCUUUUAAUUGUAGGAAUAUUUAUUAAAAUAACAUUUAUAGUAAAUAAGGCAAUGGAAAUGUGUUGCCAAGUCCAGACUUUAUAAUUAAUGUUUACUGAAUGAAACCCAUUUUUCCUCCUUACAGAUGGAAGACUUUUAAUAACGGUGUUCUUCGGUGUUGUAAAUGAGCACGUUUGUAUUUGGCUGUAUGACAUGUCCUGCCUUCUAAAUAUACCAAGUCAAACUCAAAAUGUUUUCUCCUAGGAGAAAAUACAUAUCCUAAAAAUUUGUUUUAGCAGAUGAGAUUGAAAGCUUGCCAUGAAUGUGAAAAAGAGAUUGAGAGGUGUACAGAAUAUUUAAAGUGUCUGGAAUACUGCUGUGGCAAGAGAAUGUUAAUCUGAUGUUGUCUGGGUAGGAGGCAGCCCUUGGAGCCGACACAUUCCUUGGGGCCCCGCUGCAAGCUGAGCUGCCAGCACAGUGUUUACAGCAAGAUGCAGGGCCAGGAUGGUCUGUAUACAUGAACUGUGCCUGCCUGCCAUGCAGACAGCACGUGUCAAAUAUACCCUUCUCAUGAGAAGCAAAGUUAGUGUUGUAUUUAACCUUGACAGUGCGGAGCAGGUGGAUCACACUGAUAUAUUGGUAAGCACACAGACAUAGGAGGUGUCCUGUAUACCUUGUAACGGUGUUUAUAUUCAUUGUGCUUAUUUUAACUCCAGAAUGUGGCUGUGAUUUAUAAUCAACUGAAAUAUCAGCAUUUGAAGCAGAAAUAUUUUAAGGUGUUUACUCCAAAGUAAAUAAGGUUGUAUAUAUUUUUUUAAAAAACAUUAACACACACAUGCAUGGACACUGUGUCCAUUGUGUUUUAAAGACCACUAUUACAACUGAAUACUGUAUCCAUCAUGAAAAGAUGGUUUCAUCCAAACCUAGUUUGACAGAUAGUAGUAGCUAAAUUGAUGUUGUUCUUGUAUCAUGAUUUCACAGAAUAUAACAGCAUGUUAUUUGUGUUCCUUUUUUUUUUUUUCUGUUCCCCAGACACUGGUGGUACCAAAGGGGAAAGACUGAGUGCCAAACUAAAAGCUUUACCUGGAACAAAUGAACCCUAUGAAAGUAGAAGCAGUAAAGAAA